AUGGAAGAAUACAGAGAAAAGGCCGAUCGCGAGGCCAUAGCAUCAGCCAGAUCACAGUUUCCUCAUUUGACAACCGAGAUGUUGGUCAGAAAUGGCCGAGUCUGGGAAGAUUGGCAGACCAAGCCCACACUCGACAGUUUCGUGGAAGAGAGACGAGUCGAGGAGCGACAAAUGUGGCUUCACGUCACGCGAAAGUGGACUCAAGACCUCAAGAAGGGCCGGGUCUUGGUUUCAGAAGAAGACGGGCUGGGUCUACUUGGAUGA